AUGCAAAACCUCCGCGCGCGCAUCAAGCGCAAGGCGCAGCUCAAGAUGCAAUCCAAGCGCAAAGCCAUCGAGAUGGAGAAUGUGACGGCCACGCCUGCGCCCAAGCGACUUCGCCGAUGCACGAAGGCGGGAACGUCUGUCGCUAGCAUGCUUGCGUUCAAUGACCAGUUGCUGCAGUCGUGGGAGACGCAGCUGUCGGCAGAAGCGUCGCCACAGGUGCGCGUCCACGACAAGCUCAUUGCGUCGCUCGAGCUCAAGUACAAACUCCACGAGACGCUUGACUUUCUCUCGCAGCUCGCGCGGUUACAAGGGGAAGCGGCGUAA